AUGCGACAAAUAAAAGGAAUUGUUGAACGAGUGGUUUCCUCUCCUCGGCUAUUCAUCAUUCUGCCAGCCUCCAUUGCUUUUAUUCUAUCAUAUCCAUUCAUAUACACAUUGCUUACAGUCUCUUUACCAAUAAAAAAUCUUGAAACACCAAUCCAAACUUCACCUAGACUUUUGUCAGAAGACCAAUCAUUACACAUAUCCUCCGACAAUGUUACCCCGAUACUUAGUGUCAAACAGCUUUACAUUUCUCCACCUAGUUUUUCAAACGUAUUAUCCCAACAGGUCCUAGACUCAAUAGCACCAUUAAUUUCAGACCUUGCCUUGCCAACAGUCAACUCUGGUAGCUACAGCCAGCAAUCUUCACCACAUCAAAAAGAUUCUACUACUGAGAAUAAUGACGAUAAACUAGAAGAUAGAAAUGAGCAUAGAAAGGGACACGCUGAUGAACAUGGAGAAGAAGAUUCAGAUCUCCUUCACCCAGAUUUUGCCCUAAUCCCUAAAAUCAAGACAUUACCAUAUCUGCACUAUUAUUCCUCAUCCACUCAUAACGACCACUUUUCCCUCCUUUCUUUAAAAUUUUCAUCACCCUCAUUAAACUCGGUCUUAUAUCUCCCAAGGCCCCCCCAUUACAAUGAGCUUAAGGCUUCGGGAAUUCUUAUUUCAUAUUUCUACAACAACUCUGCAGAUGAGCAGAAAUGGAACUCAGCAAUUGAAAGCUUUUUGGGACCUCAAGAGUCCUUGACAACAAAGUUGGAUGGAUAUCCUUCUUUUAUACUCCCCACAUCUAAGCCAAUUAAAAAAUCUGGAUUUGCUAGUUAUGUCCGGUCUCUUCCAUUUGCUUACUUCCCCUAUUGCCCUUUCCCGUUGAUAAACCUAAUUCUUUCUACCAUCUUUUUGGCCUUCUACAUCAACAUAUCAUGGGAUGUAUCUUCAGUACGCUCAAAGUCUGGCCUUUUUGUUGCCUUUUUCGCUCAGAGUAUUUUGACCUUGUCAUCUUCCGUUUCAAUUAUAUCAUACUUUAUUCCUUCAUUCUCACAUGACAGUUUACGGCAUUUUUUGCUUGUUCCCUUUUUCGUCAUCAUUUUGAACGUUGAGAAUAUUUCUCGACUUCUUAACGCGGUUGCACACACCCCAAGCGAGCAACAACCGUCGCAGAGAAUAAUAUCUGGAAUGUCUGACUCUUUUGAUAAGUCUUUAAAAGCAGUUGUUUUUGGAGAGAUUAUUCUCUUAAUUUCUUGUCUACCAGGGUUGUCAUAUAGCCCCCAGAUAAGACAUAUUUGCUUGUUUGCAAUGCUUGCAAUAUUUAUUGACUUAAUAUUGCACGUUACAUAUUUUACUUCGGUGCUUUCAAUCGACCUGCGCCGAUUUGAGCUAGAGGAUCUUUUAACUGAAAGUUUAACAUCCAACCACCAACCUUCAAAAUACUAUCUUAAGUUUAUCAAUGCCGAUGAGCAUUUCCCAGAAAAAAUACGCCCAUAUUAUCUUUAUCUUCGGCAUCUUUAUUUCCAUCCCAAAUUGUCACUUUCAAACUCCAUACUAUUCCUUUCAAUUUUUUUCCUAGCAUUAUGGGGGGUUUUGACAGACCCAGCAAAUGAAAAGUUUUACUCCUCUGGGAGGAUCCCAUUUUUCUUUACACACCUUACUGCAUCUUCACCAAUAUUUUCACAGUAUCCAUUUGUUAAGAUCUUUGAGCCAGUAGUUCUGCAAGGAACUCGGCACCCACUCUUUUCCUCUACGUCAAAAAUUGACUAUUUUUUGGGGCCAUCAAUUUCUGGCUCCUAUUCUAAAUUUAUUCGCAUUAUUUCCAUAAACAUAAUUCUGGAACUCGUGGCAUCAAUAGCAUUUAUUCUCUCACUUACAGGGGUAAUUCUUAAAUAUGUGCUUCCCCCUCAAUCCGAACGCUCAGAGUCGACAGAACCCAAUGAAGUCACUCAGUUCUUCUCCAAGGACCUGAUUGGGUUUCAUACGCUUGAUGUCUUGCGUAUUGCUACGGAAGGCUCUGCAAUUGGCACAGUUUCUUUGGACCACAAGGUGUGCGUUUGGAACCCUGCUUCAGCCACAGGGAAUCGUUUGGUUAAGCCCAUUCCAAUCCCCCUGGCCACUGAGUUUUGGCCAGUCACUAGGAUGGUUAUUAAUUCUCAACUGUCUAUGGUGGCUAUAUUUUCUUCGCGUGUAUCGGGAAUUUGGUGUUGGGAUUAUAAGAGCAAUGUGCACUUGUACCAUAUCCAAGACGAUGCGCUUUUUAGUACAGCGCCAGUGGAAACCUUUUUUUCAGGUCCUGACCUGAUUGUGGUGACUAAUACAUGCAGCGUUGUAUCUAUCUCUGAAGUGGGGCAAAUCACACAGUUCCCCAUUGAAUUCCCAUCAAAGACUUCACAAGUGAUUCACGCGCGACGUCUUUUGACACCAAGAAUCCCUGAGCGUAUUAUAUCCAUGUCAUCUGAAAAUGAAAUCAGUAUUGGAACGCACAUUGGGCGUGCUUGGAGAUUCCGCCGACUUAUGAUUCAAGAGUCGCCGAUGCAAUUUACUCUCCACACUCUCCAAUCUCAAGGCGGCGUGCAUGUGCACGACUUGUCCAAAUAUAAACCACAGCCUAUUCCUGCACCGCAGGCCAUGAUGGCCCGGAAUCCAAUGCGUGCUGGCCGAAUAUCAGCUGUUAACCGCAUACCGAAUAUUCCGCCAAUACGCCGGUCCAAGAUAUUGGACGAGAAGGUUGUAUCUUUGGUGCCUGUGCCAGCAAUCAAUAUGGUAUUGAUUGCAACAGCAGUCCAUGUAUGCUUGUUUGAUGCGCAAACGGGUAUCAUUGUGAAGCAUUUUGAAAUUGGGCACUUGAAGCCAAGUUCACUGCGAGCCUUCCAUUCGCAACCUACACAUUGCCGAUUCUGUGGAUGUGUGUCAGUUGAUACUUUUUCGAUUGCAUACUCUGAUGCAGAGCACGAGGGUUUGACGAUUUGUCACACUUUGACGAUUGACAAUCGUGCAAAGAAUAGCAUAUGUAUUCGUGUUGAAAGAGAUCCCCGUGAAACGCGAUGCUUGGGGUUUGAAGCGACAACAGAGCGCCAGCACUGGAUUGAUAGAGUUGAAGGCUGGGAUGCGACUGACAUGAAUAUGAUUAUGGGAGUUCGUCGGAAAGAGCCCCCAUUCCAAGAAGAUGAUGGGGUGUUGAAGGAGGAGGUGACCAAUCCAAUCAUCUCACUUUUUACCAGAAAUUCCGAAGGACUUAGACGACGCCGUGCAGCGAGAGUUGACGGCAGUAGCAUUGGAGCCAGUGGCACCAGCGGUAAUACCAAUGGAGGAGACAUGUUUUCUGGGCAUGCUCGAAGCGCUAGUAGUAGCAGCAAUAAUACCAAUAGCUAUAAUGACAGCAAGGGUGCCGGGUAUGGGCAUUAUGGUAACAAGCAAUCUAGCGGUGGGGCAUUGACAAAGCAUCUCGAGCCUUCACUAUGGGACCUUAUUUUGGACAUUUUGAUUCCUGUGCCAGUGCUUGAUUCACAAACAGAACGGUGGAACAGGACUCGAGGGCUUGGGUCUGGGCCAGUGUACUCGAAGCCGACGUUGGGGAUGACGUGGGAAGGAUGGGCUAUGUCUGCGACAGGUCAGGUGACAUACUACGACAUUCCUGAUCUUGAUAGCGGAGGACGCAAGAUCAUUGGAGGUGAUGACGGUAACGGGAAGAAGAAUGGGAAUGGAGUUGGGGGAGGGCUUUUGCUGAAUGGUGGUGGGAAUAGUGGGAAUGGGCAUGGAGACAAGGGCAAGAAGAAUAUGAAGGGGAUGAUGUUGAAUAGUGGUCUGUUCAACACUGGGAAGGGCGGGGCAGUGAGCAACACGAUUGGGACGGAGCUGGAUAGCGUUUCGUUUGACCGGUUGCUGAUUAGCUCAAUUGGUCCUGUGACCAAGUACGGAGCCAAAUCGAUUGCCGUGACGUUUGGCAAUGUGAUUAAGGUUUUAUAUUUUGGGAAUGAGGAGUCGUUGCUGCCGUCAGUGCCGCAGCCCAUGACUGCUGCUGGAGCGUUACAGUCGAAGCAACAGAGGACACGGAUGGCUGCAGUAGCUGCAGCUGCAGCAGCUGGUAAUGCGCCAGCGGCUGGGUCUAGUUCAGGGGCUGGUGGCAAUGGUCCAUCGUCACCGAUGAUGUCUCGGUUUAGUAAGACGAGUGGAGGGCCUGGGGGAAUGGCGUCGCCGACUUUUGGGCCAGUGUCUCCGAUGAUGUCAGGAUCGCGUAAAUGGAGACGGGAGGUUGGCUAUUAA